ACUUGAAAACAUCUCACCAAAAAGCUUCUUUGAACCCAAGCUUCAACCUUGUAGAUAUGUGUGUGCACGUGUCAUAGAACCGAAGCAGCAACAUUGCAUGUUUACUCUUUCUCAUAACUCUUCGAAAUUGAUAUUUUCUUUACUAGUUUAGUAGUUCUUGGUUCGGAUUUCGGCUUCAUGUCCACAAUCACUAAUCACACACAUCUACUAAUCAUAACUUCCUAUAAUUCUCAUUCAAAUAGUUUUGUGUGCGAGAAAUACAAUGUUCAAAACAUGCAAUUGUUCACAAAAUGGAUAACAAAGGAGUGAUUUAUAUACGAAUUGUUCAGUCUUCGGACCCUAUUCCCUUAAAUUUUUCGUGAUCAACCACUCUCAUUCAUUGGAGAAUUCUGCUCCGUCAGAGAGGAAGAUAGAUCUGAGAAAUGGGCGCUUUGAUUCAGUGCAGAGAGACCAUACUAACAUUUGGUGAGACCGCUUAAUCUAACGGUCAAUAAUUACCAUCCACCAUAAACCACUUCAAAACCCGAUCCACUGUAGAAUAAGCUAAACCCUUCCAAAAUUCAGGAAUCGCUAGCUUCUGCAACUCUUCUUCUUACACAAUGUCAAAGAAGUUACUUUUCACACCCCUUUCAACAUUUUUCAACCGCACUUUAACUUCAAUUCCCCAACGUUUUUCUCAUCACCUUAAACAAUCUCUUCAUUCAUCAGCUCCAAUAAUUCCAUCACCACCCUUUACACCCUGUGAUAAUCUCUGUUAUUCUUCCCCUUUUGGGUUUCUUAGAUUCUGCAGGAAAAUUUCAUGCUCAAAAUCUGAAGAGAAUUUCCAAACUACGUGCUGGAAUUGUCAUGCUGUUCCUCAAUCCACACCUUUCCUCUUCUGCCAAUCUUGUUGCUCCAUUCAACCCGUUGAUCAUUCGAUUGACUAUUUCCAAAUUUUUGGGUCGGAGAGGAAGUAUGAUGUAGAGGGUAUCGAUUUGGAGGGCAAGUACAAAGAGUGGCAAAAGAAACUACAUCCUGAUUUGGUGCAUUCAAAAUCACAGAAAGAAAGAGAAUUUGCUGCUGAACAAUCUGCGAGAGUGAUUGAUGCUUACCGUACACUUAGCAAUCCUUUGUCAAGAGCAAUUUACAUGCUGAAGAUCAAUGGAGUGGAAAUUGAUGAGGAGCAGACAAUUUCAGAUCCAGAAUUACUAGCAGAGAUUAUGGAAAUCAGAGAAGAAGUUGAAGAAGCAACUAACUCUGAGGCUUUGAAUGACAUUCGUUCUCAGAUGCAGGAGAAACUUCAAAAUUGGUCUAAUUCCUUUGCUCAUGCCUUUCAAAGACGGAAUUUUGAAGAAGCAAAGAAAGCAAUUAGGAGAAUGACUUACUAUUGUCGUGUAAUUGAGGAAGUUGUAAAGAAGCUCUGAUAUAGGAUAUCAUUACUGUUUUGCCUGGUCAGCCUUUUAUGCAUCAAGGCUUUCAAAGUUAAAUAAAUGCUUCAAACAAGGAGCUAUUGCUUUGGGGCAAAUGGUAGAUCGAUUAUCAAUAGUAUGAACUAUGAAGAAUUUGAUUCAUUGAUCCAAAUGAAGUGGCCUAUCUAUCAGUAAUAAAUGACCAUUUGAUUUCAUCAUAUGUAUCAAUGAACCUUAUUGCCGCUACUUUAUGCACGUGUAAGUUUACAUGUCACGCACCACGAGGCACGACCCUAGCAUGAACACUCGUUCAGGUCCGCCGCAUGCAACUAAGCAAUAUUUAUGUCAUCCUGAAUACAUAUGUAUAUUAUGUAGGUAUUUUCCUCACCAAGGCAAUUUUGCUACACUUGUAUUUGAUGCUAUAAAGGUGUUUUGUGGCUAGGAUAACAAUGAAUUCACGUCUGUGGUUAUGCAUUUUGAUGUUGUCUCUUUAAACCACAUUUGGAAAUGUUAUUAGUUAGACAUUGCUUUGUCUCUUUGAUUGAGAUUGAAGUCACCAACGAUAAUGAAGUGGUCGAUUUUGAUUUUAGGGUU